UGGACGAGAUGCAGUUCUACGAAGAGGACCGGCCUUCUCUGGCCAAGGAGGCCUUCCCAGGGCUGAACCAUCCUGCCUGCAAAGUCGGCAUUCAGGUGAAGAUCGCCAACAGCCCUUCAUCUCUGGGCUUCCAGAAGGCAGCGAUCAUUAUGGUGGCGAUUGAGAGGAUGAAGAAGAAGAAGUCCUCCAAAGCCAGGGCGCUUUUCACAGAUGACGACCUGAUGGACAUCAUCAAUUCCGUCUUAGAACCAGUUGACUUUGACACCUGCGAAUGCACCUAUGCCACAGAUCCCAUCUACCACCUCAGCAGGAGCAUCUCCUGCAACAUCAGAGACGUCAACCAGAAGUCCCUUGUCCUGAACGGGACAACCCAGCUGGUGGCCUUGGAGCUCCAACAGGCGGACAUCAGCAAAGAAGCGAGGGUGAAAAUGUAUGUCUAUCGACCAAAACUCGAGGAAGGCGUAGCGAAGAUCCCCAUCGCCCUGAAAAUCAAAGGGAAGGAGCUGUACCUGUCUUGCGUGCAGAGCGGAGACCAGCCAGCACUUCAGCUGGAGGAGGCCAGCAUCGAAGGGGACCUCGACAAAUCCGACAAAGGGCGCUUCCUCUUCUACAGAGUUGCAGUUGGGGACUACACCAGGUUCGAGUCAGCUGCAUUUCCUCAGUGGUACAUCUGCACAUCUGCCCAGGUCAACAAAGCUGUCAGCGUGACAAACCGGAUUGGGGAGGUCUCCAUCGUGGAUUACAUUGUCACAUAAAACGGGCAAGACGCGCAGAACCUUUACAUGCGCCUUUGGACAAAUUUCAGCCUCCUGACUCUGUGACAAGGAAAGUCCCAUCACUGAGACAACGCAACACUUGCCUCCUUUCUCUGGAAGGACUUGGCAGUUGCCAAGAAAGCAGUGGAUAAUGAGGACCGCAGGGGGCUGGACUAAAUGGCCCUUCCGGGUCCCUUUCGACUCUGCCAUUCUCUGUUGUAUAUUUAUUGCAAGUAUUUAUUAAUAAUUUAAUAAUUAUUUUUUGCC